UCUCUAUUUACAUUUCAGUAUUUUUAUCUCUCUUCUUUGUUGUAUAUAUUUCAACAAUUCAUUUAUAUUUGUUCGUAAUUUUAUGCUGAAAAUCGCAGACAAUUUUUAAGAACAAAUAAUAACAAUAACAUAAGUAAGUUAGCAGUUUUGAUAUUGAAGUAUCUAAGGAGCCCACAAAAAGUUAUGUGAAUUCGAUUGAAUCUCGCAUCCACAAUCAUGUGAAGAGAACGGAAAAGUCUGGGCGUUGGGGCAGUGAUUGGUAAAGGGCGAAUCAAAAAAACAUUUCCUAUAAAGUGGUUGAUUCCGCAUAUCUGUUAGCAACAGAAUAUCUUAAUUAAAUAUGUUUAACGAUGUGCAUCUUGCACGCGUUAGUAAAAUUCAGCGCAGCGGAGAUGUGGCCAAAGGAAACACUACCGAGACGAAAUGCAACGCCCGCCGUAGCAUAUCACGCAACAUUAAGGAGGUUCAUUUGGCAAACAAUGCCGCCGAAAUAGCAUUUGUAGGCGGGCAUGUCCCGAGAUCAGGGGAUAUAGUCAUCUGGAAUGAAAUCGAAUCGCCCGACCACACACAACGCGAAAACAAUGAAAGUGAUAACAACAUUAGCUCCUGUUCCACACUGGACAUUGGAAAGGUUGAAAAUUUGUCACUGCAACAGUUAGAAGUUCAGGUGCGAGACCUUGUGCAACGCCUUCAAAGUUCAGAACAGCAACGUGUAGACUUGCAGCGAAAACUAGAAGAAUGCAAUGGGGAGAAGGAUUUGUGCCUCCGACGUUUAGAAGUGGUCAGUGCAGCACACGAAUGUCGCAUUACGGAAAUGCAUUGUGUUAUAGCAGAGUUAAGUAAGAAGCUGCGAGCAAAACAAGAAACUGUAAUUCCAGAAGAAAACGAGCCAGAGGAAAGUGAGUUGAGUUUUCAAGAAGAUGUGUCUGUGUACAAUUCCGAACUUAAUUUAACCAAUCCCGAUGCGGAAUGUCAAACUGACCUGGUAGAGAGUGGAGCCGAACAGUCGAUAUGUGAAGGCCAUAGCGCUAGUGACAACGUACAUUGCGACAUUGACAUAACGGAACAGCAAAGAAUCAAUGAUGUGGUGUGCAAAGGACAGGUUGAGGCUCUUCAGGAAGAGGUGCUUCACUUGAAAGCGCAAAUCGCCCUUCUACAGUCAGAAAUCGCUAAUAACGAACUUAUUCCAAAGGAACAAAAACAAAUCACAGAAAAAGGGAAUCAAAAAACUUCAAGUGAUGAAAAAACCAGUGAGAAUGAUCCAGAAGGUAUGUUACACGCAGAUUUUGUAACACCGCAAAAGCAAUACGAGCUGCUUUCUACUCCUCACGUGCCGCCACCUGUAGCAAAAAUUGCGGAACGUGUAAAGUUAAAAUGUGGAACUAAAUCAAUCCAUAGCAAAGAAGAUUCAAAAACUUUGUCGGAUAUUCUAAAUGCAGAGCAUGAGAAAGAGGAUAUGGUUGAAAGUUUGGUUAUAGAUUCUAAGACGUAUGACAAGAGUAUGACGAAUAGUUACGCAGAAGUAUCAGACAUGGAUACCGAGCUGCAGCGGCUUCAGCGCAAAAUUGAGCAAUUAAAAGUGCGAAACACUAUCCUCUCACUUACUCUAGAUGAAUGUAAAGAGCAUUGCGACCAUUUGUAUCUUCUUUGUGGUAAAUAUGAAUCAAAUGCGAUUGCUUUACAAACAGCAGUAAAUUGCAGUGAUCGAGCCAUCGAAGCAUAUGAUGUCAUGUUGGCACUGCUAGAGAGCAAGUUAGCAUUGAUGACAGAAAAGUCCGUUGGUGCCGAAGAAAGUAGAAGAGCUGUAGAGAAAGUUGCACGGCACCUACUAGAUCGGCUCGAAAGUGAAAAGAAUACUUGUGAAAAUAGCUUGGGACCUUGGCAAUCUACCUUUAGUAUUCCGGACAAAGUUUGGACACCAUGGACCACCGAUGAUGACAACCGCUUGCGCUAUCACGUUUCGAAGUUGAAAGGUCGUCGUUCGACUGUGCAAAAUACAAUUGUCAACUUAGAAUCACCAUUUAGUGAUUUGUAUGAAAAAUCGCGGAAAGCUCUCGAGUGUGGCAAAGGAAUGGUUCAGCAAGUGCAUAACGCACAAUUUGACCUCGAAAUGGCUGUAAUUAUGCAAGAGUUAUUAAAUUUGCGAGAGGAAAAUAUCAAUUUAAAAUCAAAAGUUGAAUCUGGGGAGGUAGAAAAACGUCUAGCUACUGAACGUAAUAGUUCACUCGAAGAAACAUUACAACAGUUGCAGCUGCAGCUACAGAUGCAAUUGCAAAUCAGUACAGACGCCAGUAGUGCACUUUUCCAUCGCGAACAGAUAGCAGAAAAUAGGGUGUCUUACUCAGAGUCCGAACAUGUUGCGCUCACUGAACAGCAGUUAGUCGAAGCGUUAACACGAGAAUCCGAACUCAAAAGUCGCAUUCAAACUUUGAUUUCAUCAGUAACCGCAUCUCAGCUUAGUGCCGAUGAACGCCACAUCCAAUUACAGAAUAACAUUCAAGAGCUGCAAAAAUCAAAUUUAAAUUUAACACAACUUUUGGAACAAAACAAACGCAGAUAUCAAGCACGAGUUCGGAGAUUAGAACAGAAAAUCGUGGAAAUGUCCUUUGGGAUGGAUCAUAAAACUAAUGGAGAGAAAUUUUAUGUCAAUGAGAGUUGCAUUACUCGUGAUAAUUUCAGUAAAAGUAUUACAGACUGUGACCGCGUAUCACAGCAGCCUCAAUGCUUAAAAUCAAAAAACUCUGAAGUACUAACAUAUGAGUCGCAACUACAAAUACAAGAGAUUGUGCCUGAGACUACUCUUUAGAAUAGUAAAUAGCAGAACAAUGUUUGCAACAAUAAUUGCAAUUGAGUUCAGUUUCCUGUUAUUCUAGCCUACCAUACGCCAAAUUGAAUCUUAAAUUUCUACAUUAAUCUAAUCCAUUCAAGUGUGCCAUUUAUCGCGUUAAUUUACCGCUUCGCUUAGCUAAUCGGGCGCCUAUGUGCCAGAAUGCAUGAUAACGUAUAUGUAAUACUUAAAAUAAACAUACACUUUUCAGCUUCAUACAUAUGAGGCCAUGAGAGCCAGAGGAGCGUAUCUAUAAAAAAAUGUUUGAUUAAGAUGAGACAGAAAAGUUCACUAAAAUGCAUUUUAAGUUUUACCUGAAUUUUUUAGUUUUUUAAAUGUCGGUCUUCUCUGGCUCUCAAGUCCUCAUAUAUAAUUGGGUAUCACAUUUGAUUCCAUGUACUCAUAAACAUGUACACCUCCAUAUGAACAUGCGCAUACAUAUAUACAUAUAUAUAUAUAUAUUUUUUUUUGUAAUUAGAUACAUAUUGCUUGUUAAAUUAUUACUAAUGUACAAAAUGCGCUGGAAUAAAUUACUCUAAUCGAAUUGAAGUUUUUAUGAGAUAGUUAUGAGGUAGGUAACAAUAUUUAACAAAAAUUUUGAUAUCAAGGGCCAAAUUCAAUGUAUGUACAAAAGUCUUGCUUGUUAUAAGAACUACAUAAGUAUGUAUGAUGUACAUAUUUGAUAUCAAAGUCCCAGAUAGGUUCAAAGCAAUAAUGAUAGGUUCAAAGAUAACGAAAUCGUUUUAAUAAAAAUUGUGGUGGAUAUGGGAUAUUUUUAUUUUAUGCUUCAAAAGCAAAUAAAAUUUUAGUUAAAAAGUUUUUGCAGAAAUAUAAAUUUAAACUGAAUAAUUUCUCAAAUACAAGAGAUAAAUUUAACAAAUAUUUAUUUCUAUAAAUUCGGCAUACAGUUCUUAAGGGACUUCAGAGCUAUAAUUCAAUUGAUUAUUAUUAAUUAAUGCAUCAUGCUUCAGAGAUUCAUU